AUGGAGAACAACGAUACGACAUCAUUUACCCUCUCCAUCAGCGAGAGAGGCCAGAUAUGGCAGUGGUUGCCUCAGCCUCUACAAGCCUCAUGGACUUUGAUCAUAUUCACAGCAUUUGCCGCUGUGCUCCUCCCUGCCGUUACCACCGGCGUCUAUAGAUUAUAUUUCCACCCUCUUCGAAAUAUUCCCGGGCCCAAACUCGCAGCCUUGACGAACUUUUAUGCCUUCUACUGGAACUGGAUACGAGAUGAAGGAUACUCCAAGCGCUUUGGCGCUUUACACAAAUAUUACAAUUCUCCCAUUAUUCGUAUUGGUCCAAACUCUGUGCACACGAACCAGCCAGAGAAUUUCGAUGCAAUAUUUAAAGUUGGGUCAAAAUGGAGAAAGAGUGACUCAUUUUACAAGUACUUCAAUGGUUUGGACGCCAUGAUUGAUCCAGCACAGUAUCGCACCUAUCGCUCGCAUCUGGCGCCAUUAUAUGCACAACGAGCAAUUAACGACUUGGCACCAAAGCUUCACAAAGACCUGCUGUCUUCUGCUGCCAAAAUGGAGGGACACAUCAAAACUGGCGAGGCAGUAAACAUGACUUCCAUGAUUCUCCACAAUCUCUAUUCACAUGACAUCUCACUCAUCGAAUAUGACGGAUACCAUCCGUUUUUGGAAGCAUUCGAGCAGCUCAUGACGCAAAGCUGGCUGUUUGUCAGCUAUCCUCUGCCAGCCAUGUUAUUGGGUCUCAUCCCCGGGACAAGUUUUGCAAAGUUCAAUGCCUCAUUCACGACUUUUAUGAAGUAUUGUAAAGACUGGAACGACGAAGACAUGCGCAUACAAAAGUUGGCAGAAGACCAGGAAUUGCGCGAUUCUCACAUGAAGCGCUAUCUUGCCAUGGAUGGCAAUGAUUCGGCAAAGGACAAGGUUGUACCGAAUCCUUUGGAGGACAUUUUUAAUUUUGUUGCAGGCGGUAGCGACACGACUUCGUAUACGCUCGCUUGUGCGUUCUUCUACAUCCUCUCGUCGCCGGAGAUUUACGCCAAGCUCGUGAAGGAGUUGGAUGAAAAUGCCCCAUUUAUAAGGGACAUGUUUGAUUACAUCAGGAUUCAAAAUCUUUCGUAUCUGAACGCUGUCAUUAAGGAGACUCUUCGUAUUUCUGUUCCAGUUCCAGGUUGUUUGCCCCGAAUUGUGCCGGAGGGUGGGACGACCUUGGGUUCCGUUUACCUUCCUGCUGGAACAGCUGUUUCAAUAUCUCAGCAAUCCAUCAGCUUUCACGAGAAAAUUUUUCCCUCCCCAGAAAAGUUUAUCCCCGAACGAUGGCUCGGAAAUGAAGCACAGCGACUGGAUAAGUGGAAUGUUGCCUUUAGCAGAGGUCCCCGCCAAUGCAUCGGUACAAGUCUGGCAUAUCUCGAGCUGCGCUGUGUUCUCGCUUACUUCCUUUCUCGCUUCGAAAUGGCGCUGACGGGCAACUGCGGCGAUCGUCUUCGCUGGGUUGAUCGCUUCGUCGCCGUGAACCUUGACGAUGUGGAGAUCAAGUUGCUUCGGGAUCGGUGGAACUAA